AUGAGCGGAAAAGCGCAAAAGCCCGGCGUUUUGAUGCUCGGCAUCAUUCAUCAUGCGCACGCAGAGUUUGACAAGCUCUCCGAACUUGCUGACGUUACGCAAGUCACAUCUGGCAGCAGGGACGAGUUCAUCAAAGACUGCGACAGCGGCAAGUACAACAACAUCGUGGCGAUUUCACGAACCUACGAUUCCGUCAAGAUCACCGGAAGAUUCGACGCUGAGCUCAUUUCUCACCUGCCCCCCUCUGUGAAGUUUCUGUCACACAACGGCGCGGGCUACGACCAGAUUGAUGUUCAGCCUUGCACAGAGCGUAAAAUCUCCGUGUCAAACACACCUACGGCAGUCGAUGCUGCUACUGCCAACACGGCAAUCUUUCUCAUCCUAGGUGCGCUGCGAAGAGCCUGGAUCCCCCAACUCGCGCUUCGUGAGGGUAAGUGGCGCGGUGCCAGCCCUCUAGGUCGUGAUCCUCAUCACUUGACUUUGGGCAUCCUUGGCAUGGGCGGUAUCGGAACAGCUACAGCUAAACGUGCUGCUGCCCUUGGCUUCAAGCUGCAGUACCAUAAUCGGAAGCCGGUUGCCGACUUGGAGAAGCAGUUCGCGGGUCAAAACGCUCCCCAGUAUGUCAGCUUCCACGACUUGCUCAGAACCAGCGACGUCAUCUCCGUCCACCUGCCGCUGGGACCUGCUACUCAAGGAUUGAUUGGGCCGAAAGAGUUUGCGCAGAUGAAAGACGGCGUCGUCAUUGUCAACACUGCUAGAGGUGCCAUCAUUGACGAGCAAUCUCUUGCGGACAACCUCGAGUCUGGCAAGGUUUGGAGCGUUGGAUUGGACGUGUUUGAGAAAGAACCCGAGAUCAACCCCAAGCUUGUCAGCCAUCCGGGAGCAGUGCUCUUGCCGCAUAUUGGUACUGCCACAAUUGAUACUCAGAAAGAAAUGGAGAUUCUGGUUAUCGACAACGUCAAGAGCGUCAUCACAGAGGGCCAGCAUCUCACUCAAGUUCCGGAGCAAAAGCCAGUGCUGCUGGCCAAGGAACAGGGAAACGCAUUGGAGGAAGGAGGUUCCCGUCCAAGUACAGUUUUAGUUAAAGAUGAACAUAAAUGA